AUGCGGCGCGUUGCGCCCUGGUCGCGCCACCUCCGUGCGUGCCGAUUCAUCCGCCCCAGCCGGCCCUUCUGGGGGACUGUCGUCCCGUACAAGCUGACGGACGUCGGGGAGGGCAUCCGUCGCGUGGAGGUGUUAGCUGUGUGCGUCAGGCCAGGCGACAAGGUCGAGGAGUUCGACAAGAUAUGCGAGAUCCAAAGCGACAAGGCGACGGUCGACAUCACCUCCAGGUACGCGGGCGUCGUAGCGGCCGUACACGUAACAGUUGGUGGGACGGCGGAGGUCGGUCGGCCUAUUGUCGACAUCGAGCUCAGCGAUGGCGCCGGCGGCGAUACCCACAACAACAAAAGACCAAACAGUACGAAUAAAAACACCAGGGAAAAUAUCAAUGCGAACGAGAAUAAACCAUCACAAAAGGAUGCCAUGCAUGGUCCUGCUGCUGCUGCUGCCGCCGCCGCCAGUACCCCCGCGAAGGUGUUGGCCACACCCGCGACUAGGGGAUUCGCCCGAGAACGGUGUGUCAACCUUGCGCAGGUGCAUGGCACCGGUGAAAACGGGCGCAUUCUGAAGGAAGAUGUGGAGGCGCACGCGAGUGGGUACACCAGCAAUGUGGGCGAUGUGGUUGUGCCACUGAACACAGGCAUCCGUCGCGUCAUGGUGGCUUCCAUGAAAGAGGCUGGGGCCAUCCCGAGCUUUACUGCGUGUGACGAGAUGGAAGUGACGGCCCUGUUAAAGUUGCGUGAGCUAUUAAAGGACGCCAUACCUGCACACAGCAGCAGCAGUAACAACGGUGGAAAUGGGAAGCUUUCGCUCACGCCCUUGUUUCUGAAGGUGGCGUCCUUGGCGCUGCGGCAACACGCGGAGGUCAACGCGCACGUCACCUCUGGCUGCGAGAGUCUUAUCGUGAAGAAGGCGCACAACAUCGGUGUUGCGAUGGACACGCCAAAGGGGCUGAUUGUCCCUGUCAUACGAAACGUCGAGCGUAAGAGCAUCGUCGACAUCGCUCUGGAGCUGAACGAUUUGGUCGCACUUGGGCGCAGAAACCAGAUUCAGCCUGAUUGCCUGCGCGACGGCACCUUCACGCUCAGCAACAUUGGCUCAGUUGGGGCGACGUACGCCAUGCCUAUGAUUUUACCACCCCAGGUGGCGAUUGGUGCCAUUGGGCGAGUGCAAGUGUUGCCGCGCUUUGACACCAAUGGAAAUGUUGUCAGGGCGAAUAUAGUCCAGGUGUCGUGGACGGCGGAUCACCGGGUCAUCAACGGCGCAGCUCUGGUACGGUUUAGCAACACGUUCAAGCACUAUCUCGAGAACCCGGGGCUGGUGCUUGGUGAUAUGAUGCAGAAGCUGCCAUAA